AUGGCGCAAAACGGCUUGAUCGCAUUCAAGUCCGAAGAAACUUCUCGCAAAUCUAUGAUUUGCAAGCAGACCCCGGAGGAAGACCAAGACAACAAACAGACCAUGUCGAAGCUCUUUUCACCGAUCAAGGUAGGGCGCAUGCAGCUCGCGCACCGCCUCGCCAUGGCACCCAUGACCCGGUUCCGCGCCGACGAUGACCACGUCCCCCUUCCCAUGGUCACAGAGUACUACGAGCAGCGCGCCGCCGUCCCGGGCACCCUUCUCAUCACCGAAGCGACCUUCAUCUCCCCGCGCGCGGGCGGCUACUCCAACGCCCCGGGGAUCUGGAACGAGGCGCAGAUCGCGCAGUGGCGGCAGGUCACCGACGCGGUGCACGCCAAGGGCUCGUACAUCUACGCGCAGAUCUGGAGCCUCGGCCGGGUCGCGAACCCAGACAUCCUGGAACGGGAAGGACCAUUCGACCUCGUGUCCAGCAGCGCGGUGGCGGCCAGCGAGCAGGCGCGCGUGCCGCGCGCCCUGACGGAGGACGAGAUCCACGCGAUUAUCGGCGACUUUGCGCAGGCGGCGCGGAACGCGGUCGCGGCCGGCUUCGACGGCGUCGAGAUCCACGGCGCCAACGGAUACCUGGUUGACCAAUUCAUCCAGGACACGGUGAACCGGCGCACGGACGGCUGGGGCGGCGGCGUGGAGCAGCGCGCGCGGUUUGCGCUGGAGGUCGUCCGCGCGGUCGUCGAUGCCAUCGGUGCGGAUCGCACGGGGAUCCGGUUCAGUCCCUGGAGUACGUUCCAGGGCAUGCGGAUGGCGGACCCGGUGCCGCAGUUCAGCUAUCUGGCGCGGAAGACGGCGGAGCUCGGGCUUGCGUAUGUGCAUCUGGUCGAGUCGCAGGUCACGGGCGGUGCGGAUGGCGAGUCGACGGAUCAGCUGGAUUUCUUUUUGAAGGCGUAUGGUGGUGCCGGUCCGGUCGUCAUUGCUGGAGGUUAUCAGGCUGAUUCGGCACGGAAGGCGGUCGAUGCCCGGUAUCAGGACCACGAGGUGGUGAUUGGAGUUGGACGGCCUUGGACGUCUAACCCGGACCUGCCGUUCAGGUUUAAAGCAGGAAUUUCCCUGCGGCCGUACGAGAGAGAGGUGUUCUAUGCGCCCAAGGACCCGAGGGGGUAUAUCGAUUAUGGCUUUAGCGAGGAGUUCAAGGCUACCCAGGUGGCUGCUUGA